GUUGCACACUUGGAUUGCCGAGAGCUGUCGUCAUCAUGGUCCUAGAGCCGUCCCCCGUCCCGCAGCCAGUCAACAGCAAUCACCGUGUCUCACAGUAAAUGCAGCGGCGUGCCGAGGCAUUAUCGACCAGCCUUUAAUGUCCUGAUUCUGACAUAAAGAUGGCCUCUCCUCAACCUGGCAGCCCACCUCUUGUAGAGCAAUACACCCCCCCUGCUCAGGAUGAAGAGGGCCAACAAGAGGAAGAGGGGGUGAGGGAUCAGCCUGCAAAAAAGCGAGGCAGAGGCAGGCCUCCGAAGACCAAACCCCUCUUCAAAUGCUCUGCAUGCACAGAGACUUUCAAGAGUCUGUCGGCUCUGCGCGGCCACAAGCUUUCGGCGCAUGCAAAGGAAAGUCAGCAGCAGCAUGCGUGUUCUGAGUGCACUAAAACAUUCUCGAGCAAGGCUCAACUCUCGAAGCACGAGCGCACGCACUCAGCCCAGCGUCCCUUUCAGUGUCCCGACUGUCACAAGGCUUACAAGACUCCCACGGAGCUACGCAACCACAGCCGCUCUCACACCGGAGAGAAGCCUUUUGUGUGCACAGAGUGCGGAAAGGCCUUCAUGCAGGCCAUAUGCCUGAGGAUCCACAUGACACAGCACAGUGGAGAGCGCCCUUACUCGUGCCGCCAUUGCUCCAAGAGCUACCCCACCCUGUCCAAACUGAAGGUGCACACGCGCUCUCACACCGGAGAGAAGCCAUACUUCUGCGCUGAGUGUGGUAAGAGUUUUGCCGAUCCUUCGGUGUUCCGUAAACACAGAAGGAACCACCAGGGCCAUCGGCCGUAUGCCUGUGAUGAGUGUGGAAAAACGUACACCGAGCUGAAGGAUCUUAAAAACCACGAGCGCUCCCACACUGGAGAAAAGCCGUACCUGUGCUCGGACUGUGGCAAGGCUUUCUCCCGCUCCUCUUCGCUGGCCUGUCAUCAGCGCAUCCACUCCCAGAAUAAACCCUACCAGUGCGAGCAGUGUGGUAAAGGCUUCACUCAGCUCUCCUCCUACCAGUCUCAUCUCCGCACUCACUCUGGUGAGAAGCCUUUCCUCUGCCCACAGUGCGGCAAGAUGUUUUCGGACCCCUCCAGUUUCCGCCGGCACCAGCGAGCCCACUUAGGUUUCAAACCGUACCCCUGCGACAAGUGCUCCAAGAGGUUCCGGCAGCCGGCUGACCUGGCCGUGCACGAGCGCGUUCACUCCGGAGAGCGGCCGUACAAAUGCCAGAGCUGCGACAAGGCCUUCGUGGCGUCCUGGGAUCUGCGGCGCCACAUGCUCGUCCACUCGGACGAGAGGCCGUUCUCGUGCACCGAGUGCGACAAGAAAUUCACCGAGCGCUCCAGCCUCAACAAGCACCGCCGCGUGCACUCUGGAGAGAGGCCGUUCAAAUGUGAGGAGUGCUUGAAGUCGUUUGUGGUCUCCUCGAGCCUGCGCAAACAUGAGAGAACUCACCUAGCUGAGCAGUCCGAGCAGCAGCAGCAGCAACAGCAACAACAACAGCAGGAGACAGAAGCAGGGUCGGCAGCAGGCUUUACUGCCCACACAAUUCUCCCUCAGUUCUCUUGUACUCACUGUGAUGCUACAUUUGGUACCUGGGAUGAAGUGCAGGCCCACGAAAACCUCCACUCCAUCGACUCGACCCCUUCGUCUGUUACAAAAAUUGUGCCACUGGGUUCACACGUGUGCGAAACCUGCCAGGCAGAGUUCGCGCAGCUGGCAGACCUGCAGGAGCACGAGAAGCAGCACCCCAAGCCGAGGCCCCACGUCUGCAGCAGCUGCGGCAAAGGCUUCCUCAACAAAUCGGGGCUGCGUAAACACCAGAAGAUCCACUCCACCAGCAAACCUCACAGCUGUCCCCACUGUGGCAAAGCCUUUCUGUUCGCCGCCUACCUUCGCAAGCACUUACGGACUCACGCAGCCGCCCCGCAGCUCGCCGACAUGAACAUCAUUCACACAGACCCGCUCCCUUCCCCUCCGCCCCCCAGUGAGGUUUCUCCGUCCACCGUUGAGCCCAGCACCAUAUCUCUGACGGUUCCAGUGACUGUACCUGUUACGGCUUUUCAGACUCUCCCAGAAUAUCUAGUAAAAGAAGAGGGACUUUGAGUGUUUUUUUUUUGUUUUUGUUUUUUUAAUAAUUUGCAAUUUUAUUCCAUUUGUAUUUAGCCAGUGGCCUUAAAUCUUUUGUAGAUGAUGGGUCUUUUUGACAAAAAAACUGUUAUUUUUCAAAAUAACUCAUUGAUGUAAAUUGUUAGCACUUGGUCAUUGUUUUAUAUUAUUAUGGUAUUUGGAUAAUGUUCAUGUUUUUAAUUGUAUACUGUGCUAUAAAAAAAACUACUAUACAAUUGUCUUAUGUGUUGUGAUCUCUUCUUAAAAAUGUACUGUUGCAAACACACAGUAUAUAAUGAUCACUGUAAUAUCACAAAUAAAAUCCAUGACUGUGAUUUAAGAUAAACAUGUUUUUGUAUUAACUGUAUCUUUUGCAUUCUUUUAAUUUGCAUUUUGUUGUAUGUUUUCGCAAUAUAUGACGUUUCCUGUGUCAUUAAUAUUACAAAAACUGGGGAGGUAAAAAGAAAUGUUGGUGUCAUUUUAAAAUGUGCAGAAGUAUCGCAUUUUUACACCAAUAAAAACACAUGAAGAGUAA